AUAUGCCGUCCUCCAGCCAUUGAGAAAGCUCAAGCUUUCACGAAUUUACCACGUUCCUUCAGCGCAUUCCGCCCAUCACUGGUCGCCAGGACUUCAACAAAACACAGAUUUUAAUCACACGGUCCCUCUGACAAAUGUCGUUCAUUCGCGCGCGAGCUCUACGGAGCGUUCAAUCUGCUCUUAGCAGAGGUGCACCACGCGUCUCUGCGCCCCGAACUCAACUUGUAGCCAAGCGUUUCGCAUCCGGAGGACACGAUGGUCAUGCUCCUCCUGGCUCCGAUCUGCCAUGGUUGAUCUCCGCUCUCAUUGUCACCCCGGUCUCAUGCUGGUACCUGUGGCCUGAGACUUCGCACGCGGACUCGCACCACGGCCACGGUGACCACGCUGCGCACGAUGAUGCGGACGAGAAGCAUGAGGAUAAAGAAGAGGACAAGGAAGAGGAUUCGCAGCCGACCGAGGAAGUAGCUGAGAAGAAGGAGGAGAUUGCCUCCGAGCCAACUGAGGAGAAGUCCGAGGACAAGACUGAGGACAAGGCCGAAGGAGAGGCUGAAAGCAAAUCGGACGACGAAGAGACUGCGGAGAGCGAUGAUAACGCUACCUCUGGCGACAACAACAAGCGAGGAACCACUGGUACUAACAAGGUUCGAUCCGAUUCUGAGGGAGCUUCCGUGACACGAAAGGUCGAGGCCGGCAGCAAAGGCGGCAACAAGAUCCGACUCGACUCCGGCCUGGGUAAAAACCUCGGCGAGGGCAUCAACUCCGAUACUGCCUACAAUGGCUCCGAGGGCUCUGAGAACAAGUCUGUCAUGGCUGAUAAGCAGAAAGGACUGUCCAACACCGACACUCGGCACUCGAUACAGAUUGAUGCGCCCGGCUCUGAGCUUUCAACCAAGGGUCAUGGUGGUCCAGAGACCGCAAAGCACAAGGGAACCGUCGAUCCCAGGGCUCCUGUGAAAUAAACCAUCUGACUCGCUCACUCGGUUGACUGACGUUGUACUAGACCCGACAACAGGGUCGAAUCCUGAGCUAGGAGAAGAUGUGAUGGAGUUCGGUCUGUGUGUCCAUAUGUAAUCUAUGAAAGUUUUUGAUUCAAGGCUUUUAGCUACAUAGAUGCACCUUGUUUACAAAGAAGGUCACCAGUCGAAAUAUGCACUUUUGGGCCCAUUGCACGUGAACGCCCAUCCCUGCGUGACCAUGGAGA